CCAAUCCAAUCAUAACUAUAGAAGAUAAGAAAUAGUGUGAUUCUGACUCAUUUCAUGACACCAACAACGAAAUGGGUUUCAGUUUAACACAAACCCCUCACACCAAUCUUCAACUCCAAUUCCACUCUCUAUUUUCUUCAAAACCAUUUCUCUCUUUGAAAUUUCAUCAAACAUGUCGAGUUCAACCAAAACGCAGCGUUCCGAAGCUUCGCGCUCAAUCUGAAAAUGGUGCUGCGGUCCUUACUUCUGAGGAGGAGAAGAAGCUCGAUGCUAGUAAUUAUGGAAGACAGUACUUCCCUCUUGCUGCUGUUGUUGGCCAAGAUGCUAUUAAAACUGCUCUUUUACUUGGGGCUACUGACCCUAGGAUUGGAGGGAUUGCUAUAUCAGGAAGGCGUGGAACUGCUAAAACCAUAAUGGCACGUGGAAUGCACGCAAUACUUCCGCCUAUUGAAGUAGUAGAAGGUUCCAUAGCCAAUUCAGAUCCGUCGUGCCCAGAAGAGUGGGAAGAUGAUCUUGCCCAACGCGUGGAAUAUGAUUCUGAUGGAAAUAUUAAAACUCGUAUUGUCAAAUCUCCCUUUGUUCAGAUUCCUCUUGGAGUCACAGAGGACAGACUCAUUGGAUCAGUUGAUGUUGAAGAGUCUGUGAAGACUGGCACAACUGUUUACCAACCAGGCCUACUUGCUGAAGCUCAUAGAGGUGUUCUAUAUGUUGAUGAAAUUAAUCUUUUGGAUGAGGGUAUCAGUAAUUUGCUCCUUAAUGUAUUGACUGAAGGAGUAAAUAUUGUUGAAAGAGAGGGAAUCAGCUUUAGGCACCCCUGCAGGCCCCUUCUGAUUGCUACCUAUAACCCUGACGAGGGUUCUGUUCGUGAACAUCUGCUAGAUCGCAUUGCAAUUAAUUUGAGUGCAGAUCUUCCAAUGAGUUUUGAAAACCGUGUUGCAGCUGUUGGAAUUGCGACAGAAUUUCAGGAUAACUGUGGCGAAGUAUUUAAAACGGUUGAUGAGGAUACAGACAAUGCAAAGACACAGAUCAUCUUGGCUAGAGAGUAUCUCAAGGAUGUUACUAUUGGCAAAGAACAAUUAAAAUACCUGGUUCUUGAGGCUUUACGAGGUGGUGUCCAGGGACACAGAGCUGAGCUGUAUGCUGCUCGUGUUGCUAAGUGCUUAGCUGCUCUGGAGGGACGUGAAAAGGUUUACGCGGAUGACCUUAAAAAAGCCGUAGAAUUGGUCAUUCUCCCCCGGUCAAUUGUUACUGAUAAUCCACCUGAGCAACAAAAUCAGCCACCUCCGCCUCCACCGCCUCCACAAAACCAAGAAUCCAAUGAAGAACAGAAUGAAGAAGAAGACAAAGAGGAAGAAGAAGAGGAGGAGGAUGACAAGGAUGAAGAGAAGGAAGAACAGCAAGAACAAUUACCUGAAGAAUUUAUCUUUGAUGCUGAAGGGGGCUUGGUGGAUGAAAAACUUCUCUUCUUUGCCCAACAAGCACAGAGGCGCCGUGGGAAGGCUGGAAGGGCAAAAAAUGUUAUAUUUUCGGAGGACAGAGGCCGAUAUAUCAAGCCAAUGCUUCCAAAGGGUCCUGUAAAGAGAUUAGCAGUUGAUGCAACCCUUAGAGCUGCUGCACCUUAUCAAAAGUUGCGAAGGGAAAAAGACACUGAAAACCGUAGAAAAGUAUUUGUUGAAAAAACUGACAUGAGGGCAAAGAGAAUGGCACGUAAAGCAGGAGCAUUGGUGAUAUUUGUGGUUGAUGCCAGUGGAAGCAUGGCAUUGAACAGGAUGCAGAAUGCAAAAGGUGCAGCACUUAAGCUUCUGGCAGAAAGUUAUACAAGCAGGGAUCAGGUAUCAAUAAUUCCUUUCCGUGGAGAUUCAGCUGAAGUUCUUCUGCCACCUUCUAGAUCGAUUGCAAUGGCUAGGAAACGUCUUGAAAGGCUUCCGUGUGGUGGAGGGUCACCCCUUGCCCAUGGUCUUACCACGGCUGUUAGGGUUGGAUUAAAUGCAGAGAAAAGUGGCGAUGUUGGACGUAUAAUGAUUGUUGCAAUCACUGAUGGCCGAGCCAACAUAUCUUUAAAAAGGUCAACUGACCCUGAAGCUGCUGCCGCUACUGAUGCCCCUAAACCUACAUCACAAGAAUUGAAGGAUGAAAUUCUUGAAGUGGCUGGGAAGAUAUAUAAAUCAGGAAUGUCUCUCCUUGUCAUCGACACUGAAAACAAGUUUGUCUCGACAGGUUUCGCGAAGGAGAUUGCUAGAGUUGCUCAAGGGAAGUAUUAUUAUUUGCCAAAUGCUUCGGAUGCUGUUGUCUCGAUGGCAACAAGGGAAGCAUUAUCAGCUUUGAAGAGCUCAUAAAACUGAAUGAGAAGCAACCAAGCUUGACACCUUCCCCUCCCAAUUUUUUUACAUAAUGUUAUUGUAAAUUGCGCAACUAUAAAUGACUGGUGGGAAGAAAGCAUAUUCAAACCGUAAUUAAUCAGAUUUUGUUUAAUUUGUGACUGAGAUUUGAUGCAAGUAUAGAUUUUCCUAA